GCUCAGACGCGGUCGCACCCUCGUGGACGAUAGAGGCGGCAGCGACCUAGAGCCCGCGUCGCAGUUCGCGGCCACGUAGAGGCCGGGCGAGCCCGGGCACCGGGACCCGGCCCAGGCUCGGCGAGCAGCUCUGCGCGCGGCUGGGGUCAUGGUAUACUGAAAAAGCACUCAAUCAAGAGAAAUCUGGGGGGAGCUGGAAACUAUCAAGUUAUUGAGGCCACACAGGGGGCAGAAAAGAUAGAGCCCCUGGGCCACAGACCACCAUGGAUGUGCACCUCGAUAACCCUGGGGGUCAGGAGAGCACAAGCAACAGCGGCAAGGGAAGCAGCAGCACAGGAAACCAGCAAGAUGUUGCUAUGAGGACAGAUUCAUCAAAAAUGACGGAUGUGGAGCCUGUGGUCAACAAUUUUGCAUCAUCAGCAAGGGCAGGCCGCCGGAAUGCUCUAGCAGACAUCCAGGGUUCAGCUGCCACGGGCGGAACCUCGGAGUUGCCCCUCAAACUGGAGGUCCUCUCCGGGAAGGAAGAUGUGAAAAAGAAAGAUAAAGAAACAGCACAAGACCAAUUGGAAAAGCCCAAAGAUGAAGGAAAAUGAAGGCUCAUUACCUAUCAAAAGUGCUGAAUUUCUGCACAUUGAAAGACUUAGUGGCUCUGCUUUCCUGAGAUGUUUGAUCUGGUAGUAACUAUGGUAACAUUGCUGCCCUAAGCAACAUGUGUGUACUAGAUAAUUUUGUUGUGACGCUACUCACUUGGAUUGCAACCAUGAUGUCCAGUGUAGGUUAUUAAAAGGCAGAUUACUUCCGAAUUGCACCCAAGAGAGAGGUUAAGAAUGCAUGGUCACUUAAACACAUAUCAUUGUCUAUAAACCCAACAAAAUCCAACGUUCUCUUUUGGAUUUCUUUAGCCAGAUAUAUUUUUAAUUCCAUUUUUAUGGUGAUGGGUAAGCCAUUUCUUGGUAAAUAUCAGUCAAACACUAUUAAUUUAAAACUUCAUGGGAUUUGUAGGAAAUUGUGGUUUUGGUGAGAAAGAAUGAUAGAAUAGUAAAAAAUGCAUCAGUAAAAGUAUGUUUGUUUUUAUCCAAAAAUGCACCAUUUUUUUCUCAAACCUUACAAAGAUUUGGAAAAAUAGUAAAAUUUGACAACUCAGACAUCUCUAGGAAGUUUUUGUUUGAUGUAUUUUGCUUCUAGUCUCUGCAUACUGAUUUUUCAUGUGGACUCUUAAAAUGGAAAAUUUGUGAUGAGUAGUUUAUAUGGAAUAUGCCUAUUAAAUGAAUCUCGCGAUCUUCCUUAACUUCGGUGUGUGUGUGCGCGCAUAUAUUUUUCUUUAAUGUGAAUUACACAAAACACUUUACUAGUUGCUUUAUAUUGUCCUUUCUUAUUGUUAGGGCUUUUGUGUAUGUGACUUGUUUCUAUAAUAAUUUCCUCAGGAAUGCAGACAUUAAUUUUUAUAUCUUUCCUAAACUAGCUAACAUAAUAGUAAGCACUUAAGUAUUUAGUGAAUGGUGUAGGUAGAAAUAGCAAAAUACUUGCUUUUAAUAUUUAUUUAAGUAUAUAUUUUAAAAGGAAUGAAACCAAAA